UUUCAAGUUUCCAACGGCCGCACAAUCCGACUCGCACUCCACGUUCGAUUUCAAACUCCACCGCCUCGUCGCCACCACCUCCUUCCAUCCCCAACACCACGCAGGCUCCGCUCCAUUCACACACUCUUCGCCUCCUCCUCUCCCCAUCUCCCCUCCCACUCCCGCCAAGCCCCCAUGGCGUCUCGAGAAGGCGACCCAUGGUCGGAGAUUGUGACCAGUGGCGGGGCCCGGCCCCACAUUGGCGUCGUGUACGGUCGGCGCCGGGUCCAGGAGCCGUCCAGCCGGAGGAACCUGGAGACGAGAGGCAGCUUCAGCGGCGAGCAGCGGCCGAGCUUCGCGCCGAGCAAGCGGACCAGCUGGAAUCGGUCGCUCUCCAUCAGAGGACGGGAAAGCAUCUUUGUUGCUCCUGGUACAAAUCUUCAGCCUCAACAGAAACCCUGCCGAGCACUGAAACGACCACCAAAACCGGGCAACCGAGUGAAAAAAACUUUGGGUGGCCCUCCCGAUUUGAGAAAGGAGAAGGCAUAUUUUGAAGAAGUAGAUGCUUUCGAGCUGAUCGAAGAAAGCCCUUCUCCCAAUAACUUUGGUACAUGGGCCAGAGGAAUGGAGCAGAAUCACAUUGAUCAUGAUCUGCCUGCAAUACUGGAGAGGUGGAAAAUUUCCAAGCUUGCAAGACGCGCAUCAUCUGAGCCCUUGUUUGACAUCAUGGAGACGCCAAUUGUACCAUCAGUCCUCAGUAACAGCAGUACAUCUAAUAGUUUAUUUAACAACAGUUAUAGAACCCCUGAAAAGGAUAGAAGAUCAGGGACACACCCUACGGGAAGGGCAAUCCCUCCAGGAUACACUGAUAAAAGUUUAAAGAGCACUACAGAAGAAACCAGCAUCAUUACAUCAUUCGGAAAAUUGAAUAUUAAGGAAGAACCCGUUGAAGCCAGCAUUCCAUGGAGUGGUGCAGCUCUGACGGCUUUUGAGCAGCUCCUCAUUGUUUGCAGGCAGUCUGCACCAGUUACACUGGCAGAAGUUUUUUCUGCUUAUUGCGAGCUAGGCAGCAUCAAGAAGCUUGGUGAAGGAACAUACGGGGAGGCCUACCGGGCUGGAAGGACCGUAUGCAAAGUGGUUCCUUUUGACGGAGACUUGUUGGUCAAUGGAGAAACCCAAAAGAGAUCGGAGGAAGUACUUGAGGAAGUCUUACUUUCUCUAACGCUUAAUAAUCUGAGAUCAGACCGGUGCGAUAAUGAGAAAGAAUAUUCAUGUGAUGGCUUCAUUGAAACGAAAGACUUUCGGGUUUGUCGGGGAGCAUAUGACCCUUCUCUGAUUAGUGCUUGGGAAGACUAUGAUACCAAACGUGGAUCUGAAAAUGAUCAUCCAAAGGACUUUACAAGUGGACAGUGCUAUAUUGUCUUUGUGCUAGCUGAUGGUGGCACUGACCUUGAAAGUUUUGCUUUCGUCGACUACAAUGAGGCUCGCAGUUUACUUGUUCAAGUUACUGCUUCCUUGGCAGUAGCUGAAAGUGCUUGUGAAUUCGAACAUCGAGAUUUACACUGGGGAAACAUUCUUUUGACUCAAGAUGAAACUCCAGACACCAAUCAUACAGCAAGCUUCACUCUUCAAGGGAAGAGGAUGCGUGCAAGAACUUUUGGUUUGAAUGUCUCCAUAAUUGAUUUCACCCUUUCUCGGAUCAACACAGGGGAUGCCAUUCUCUUUCUUGACCUGUCUGCGGACCCAGCAUUAUUUCAAGGGGAAAAAGGAGAUAAGCAGGCAGAAACCUAUCGAAGAAUGAAAGAGAUCACCCAGGAAUACUGGGAAGGCAGCUUCCCAAAGACAAACGUCGUAUGGCUAAUUUACCUUGUAGAUAUGGUACUACAGAAGAUGAAACCCCUUGCGCUUGGCGCCAAAGUCGACCGGGAGCUUCGCUCGUUCAAGAAACGACUGGCAUCGUACGAAUCUGCUAGAGAUUGCCUCGUCGAUCCCUUUUUAAGUGAUCUACUGUUGGACGAGGAUGCGCAGCUCUCUCCAAUGCCGUCUCUGUAGCCGGAUAUGUGAACUGGCAAGCCGGAAUGCAGAAGACUUAAGGUUUAGGGUUGGGGUUUAUCAGUUUAUGCGACCACUAAUCAUCUCACGUAUGUGUUAUCUAGAACAGAUCAAACACAGGCUCGUACCAGGGGUGUGAAAGAGAGCUUGCUGUUGUCCGGGCGCCUUUUGUAACUAGCGUGUAAUUUAUCACGUUGCUCCUUGCCGGGUUCUUGUGUUUCUGAAGUCUACGUUUAUUAUAUGGUC